AUCUAACAUAUGGACAAAAGUUCUAAUAAAAGCUUCAAAAAGGAGAAAACUACCAGGUUUGACAAAAAGGAUUGCCAGAUCUCACCUAGGUUCUACCAGAGCAUGAACAAGAUAGCCAAGAACUCCAGCAAGUUUGAUGGCUUGAGUUUGAAGAAAACAAGAAGUCAAGCCAGUGGACCUAAAUAGAGUUGUCAUUAAGACAACUACAAGGCAAGUUUCUCAAAGUCCUAUGGAACUGCACCAGAAUAAUCUCUUAAAACGGAUGUGGCGUAAGAAAGCUUCACCUGAUCAGCAAUUUAAAAGAAGUAGUCAGUUUAAAAGGCCAAAAACUGCUGAAAAGAUUGCGAAAAAGAUGAAAUUUUACUACUCUCCUUAUUCUAACAAAUUAAACUGUGGUAGCUAUAUGGUAUUCAAUGGCAAAUAAUGACCCUCAGCUUGACGCUGAGGUAGAGGAUUUUAAAAUUAACAACGAUCUGCACCAAGAUAGUGCUACAAAGAAAUGGAAACUGGUAUACCAAUAUAUUGAUACCCUCACACCAGAAUUCUAUCAACUUCAAAACGGUAAGAGUAAGAAAAAUGGGAUGAAUGAUUCCCGGAAGCGAUACAAGAAGAGAAAAGUUGAUACUAAGAAAUUCUCUAAGAUGAAUUCCUUCAAGAAAAGCAAUUUCAAAUAGCUCUAGGAGGAGUAAUUAUGACAAGUCAGAAGCCAGCUCUCCUGGUAUAAAAUAAUGAUAGGUUAAAUCUCUCUGAAAGAAUCGACAGCUGUGAAGUAAGUUUAAAAACUUCCAACAAGAAGAUUAAGCUCUUUGACUUUGAGGAUGAGACAUCAAUGAACCAGAUAAAAGAAGAGGAGCAUUAUAUUCAUAAGUCAGAUAAGGAUAUCCAAGUCAUUGAUAACUCAAAGAGUAGCAGCUUCCUGUGCAAAAGCGAUUCAAGCUUGUCCAGAUGCAAGAAUGAGAACAAUCAGGAGGAUAUGAAAUCUUCCCAAAGCUCUAACCUAAGGAUCAAGAUUAAGAAAGUCAAGCAAAGGCCGUUGACUUCCAAGAGAAAUAAUUGUGACUAUAAAUAAGUUUACGAAGAACCUCGGAUAUGUACAGAUGAAAAAUAAUUAUUGCAAAAAUUCAUCCCAGAAUGCAAGCAAUGUAAGGUCACGGAAAACUCGUUCCUCAAAGAGUCACAAGAAAUGAUCUCAGAAUAGAGUCAAUAGAGAGGGUAAAAUCAAAUAUUUCAAGAUUUGAAAUGACUCAAGGAUAAGAGGAAACUACUCAGGUAGCCUCUGGGACGCAGAGAGGGAAGGUUUUACUAACUCCAUUAACGCUUCAACCCGCACUUUCAAAGCCUCAACCUGAAACCCAAACACAAAUCUCCAGAUGUACUUUGAUCAUAAAAAGAAGGUGAAUGAAAUCAAAAGAGCUUUUGACUUCUUAAAAGCUGCCUCUUGAGGACUUUCUAUAAGCCCAAAGGCAGAAUAGAGCGGCAUAUUACUCUAUUAUGGCUUAAUAUCCUUAUUCUC